AUGUACCAUCAACGUGUUCACACUGACGAGAAACCGUUGAGGUGCUCUCACUGUGGGACUGGAUUCAGACGAUCAUCUCAAUUCACUGUACACCAGCGAACUCACACUGUAGAGAGACCAUUCACCUGCUCCGAGUGUGGAAAGGGAUACACUCAAUCAUCUGACCUGCUGACACACCAGCGAGUUCACACUGGGGAGAGACCGUUCACCUGCUCCGAGUGCUCUCACUGUGGGACUGGGUUCAAGCGACCAUCUGAACUCACUGUACACCAGCGGCUUCACAGUGGGAAGAGACCAUUCAACUGCUCAGAGUGUGGCAAAGGAUUCACUCAGUCAUCGGCAUUGCACACACAUCAGCGGGUUCACACUGGGGAGAGACCGUUUAUCUGUUCUGAGUGUGGGAAGGGAUUCGCUGAUUCAUCCAAUCUGCUGACACACCAGCAAGUUCACACUGGAGAGAGAUCAUUUAAGUGCCCAGACUGCGGGAAGUGCUAUAAAAGCACCAGGGGACCGAUGUCCCAUCAACGUGUUCACACUGACGAGAGACCGUUCAGGUGCUCUCACUGUGGGACUGGGUUCAGGCGAUCAUCUCAACUCACUGAACACCAGCGAAUUCACACUGGGGCAAGGCCAUUCACUUGUUCCAUAUGUGGGAAGGGAUUCACUACCUCAUCCAACCUACUCAGACACCAGCGAGUUCACAAGAAACUACAGUGA